GAUACGAACAUGUUACCGUUUAUCACAUGCUACGUUGUUGUAGUAAUAAUGUGUAUCUGAAGUGAAUUGCAAUACGUUUAAAAACAAUAAAUAUGCAAGAAUUAUCUGAAAUAGAAAUGAUACCAGCAAAGAAAAAACAUUUUAUUAAACUACACGAGAAGAUCCAAACUAAAUAUAUGGAAAUGCAAAAACGUCUAGAGAAAUCACGUUCAGUAGAUUCUUUGUCUAUAGCCAGCGAUGACUUCAACUACAAAGAAAGUAGAUAUUCGAGCAAUUGUGAUCUAAGAGAGUCUGAUGAAGUAUCAGUGAACCUGGAUGUAGUUUACAAAGUUGAAGAGCAACCAAUAAUAGAAGAAAAAAUUAUACAAAAUGCAGUUUUACAAGCUGUUGAAGGUAUAGACAUACGUUUUUCAGACGGUGAAAUCAGCAUCUUUAAAGAAAACAACAUCACAGAUGAAGACUGGGAGAAAGUAGAACCCGAUGAAUAUGUUGACUCACGUGCAAGUUUAGAAUCGUUAAAUGAGAUCAGUAAAUACAAUGAUGAUAGUUUGAUUGCUCGUGAACCACCAUCACGAACUAUAAAAGACCGAAUCGGAUCACGUAUCAGCGCGGUUAAAGAAAAACGAGAACAAAAACGGCUCGAAAAAGAGAGACAAUUAAAGGAGAAGCAAUUGAAAGAAGCAAGGGAUUCAAUAGAGAAAGUGGAAAAGUUCAUACUAAGUAACUCUGCGAAAGAUAUACCCCAAACAAAGACGAACAGAAAGAACAAGUUAGCGACAGUUACACUAGCUUUGAUAAAUGCAACGGUUGACGAGAGGUUGCGCUUUCUACAAUGCCGAUUUAGAUUAGGAGCAGAAAAAUAUAAAUCAAAGUUAGUCAAAUCAAAUUCUCCAACGGUGAACUGGCAAGAGUUAUUUAACUUGAACAUGUAUGAAGAGAAAGCAAUGUUAGAAACCACUUUAUGGGACAAAGACACAUUUUUGGGCAGAAACUAUAUGGACUUAUCGGAACUUGAAAAAGAGAAGACUCAUAAACUAAAAAUCGAUUUAGAAGGAGAUAACAAUAUUGUCAGUGCGAAAGUGUUCAUGUUGCUAACCAUCAGUGGUAUUCCGCUAUUGAAUGUAGUCACAGAAACAGAUGAUGUUAAUAAAAUUCAAAAAGCUUUAGAAGUAAAGAAAGAUGCUUGGAAUAAUGUGGAAAAUGACAUCUUUAAUGUAGGGUGGCUCUCUGUAGUUAUAUACGGAGCAAAAGGCCUCUACGCUCAGGAUUGCUACUGCAUGCUGAAAUUAGUCAACGAAAGAGUUCAAACGCACACUGAAUACAAAACGAAUGAUCCCAGUUGGAUGAAAAUAUUCACUUUCCAAUUAACUGACAUAACAUCAAUACUAGAAAUAUCGGUUGUGGAAGAGAAGAAAGGCGAGGAAAUAGGAAAAAUCUCAAUUCCCUUACUCCGGAUAAGGGACGGUGCAAAAGUUUGGUAUGCGCUCAAAGACCAGACACAGAGAGAGCGGGCUAAGGGGAAUAAUCCAAGGAUACUAUUGGAAAUGGGGACCUCCUGGCAUCUCGCGAGAGCGGCUUUGCGAGUUAUUAACCCUAAGGAACCGGACCUAUUAGAUGGUAAUGUUAAAUUGGAUCGACGAUUGUUUGCAAGAAAUAUAACGAGGGCUAGGGCGGUUACAAAGUGGACUUUGGAUACACUGAAGCUUAUAAAGACAUGUUUUGAAUGGGAAUCCAGAAGAUCCAAUGUGGUAGCGCUAACGAUAUGGAUAAUAUUUUGUUAUUUCUUCAAAAUAUGGAUGUUGCCUCUACUUUUUCUCAUACCAUUUGUCAAAUAUAGACCAGAGAAAUAUUAUUUAGUGAAUUGGAAGAAACUAUUGACGGAGCCGAAUAAUGGUGCAUUAGAAUAUGCCAAAAUUGAAAAGGAGGAGAAAUCUUCACUAAGGCAAAAAAUAAACAAUCUGCAAGAAAUUUUGCAAACACUACAAAGUGGUAUCGGAAAGCUAGCAAGUAUCGGCGAAAGUGUGAAAAAUUUGUGUAACUUCACGGUGCCGUUUGUGAGUCUCCUGGCUGUUGGCAUAAUUUUAUUAACAUCAUUAAUUAUGUACAUCAUUCCACUUAAAUACAUCCUAAUCUGUUAUGGUAUCCAUAAAUUUACUAGGAAAAUACUUCGUCCAAACAGAAUACCGAAUAAUGAAAUCCUGGAUUUGUUGUCUCGAGUGCCGGACGAUGAGACCUUGCUCGAUUGUGAAGAACUGCUUUUGGAAAACAUUUCCGAUGAAGAUAGCAUAUUGUGAUAAAUUCAAUGAGUUUUAAUAAUCCAUCUCUUUAAAAGAUUAUGACACGAUCUGAUCUCUAAUUUAACUUUACAAAUACUUACUUACAUAUUUUAGUCAAUCUAGUAGAAAUAAGUAACAUGACAAGAA